CGAGGCGGGGCGGGGCCGGGGGGCGCGCUCGGCGGGUGCCCGGGGCUUGGCGGUCCGCGGUGCCUCCGCCUCACAGGGCGCCACAGCUGCAGCAGCGCCGGAGCCCAGCACGGCCCCCGCCCGGUGGCGUGUGUCUGGGAGCGCGCUUGUGGUCGUGGAAGCAGCCGGCGGAGGGGCUGGAGGGUCUGCAGCAGAAAGGCCUGUGAAGGGAGCCGGGGAGCCGGCUGAAGGGCCGGACCGACAGACAGACACAGUGAUCUCCAGCCCCUGAGGCACCCCGCCCCGUGCCCGGGCCCUCUGCGGGCGGCAGCCCUGCGCGGCGGGAGGCGGGGGUGGCAGUGUCUGCGCGCACACGCACGUUCACAGACACACACGCCCGGGCCACGCCACAGACACACGACACGCACAGAGCCACGGCCGGCCGCUGCGCACACUCGCACCCGCGCUCACGCUCGCUCUCCGGCGCAGGCCCCGCAGCAGCCGCUGCCCGGAGGCGGUGGCAUCCUGCUCGGAUCCCAGCCGGGACUGGAGCUCUACAGGGAGACUGCCUAUACAGCGUGGAUCCAGGGCAGCCCCACAGGGCAGCUCCCAGGCCUCAGUCCUCACAGCUGUAGAAUGGGCAUGAUUCCCAGGCAGUUUAUAGGCAUCAGAGCAGAGACGACUGGCCGCCCUGAGUGCAAUUCAAUUCAACAGACAUUUACUGAGUGCCUACUAUGCGCCAGGCCUUAGGCUAGGCACUGGGGAGCACAGAGAGGAAAGUGUGGGUCCCAUUCUCAGAUAGUUCGGGUACCAAGAGAGAAGCCCCGUGGAGGGUUGAGCAGCAGAACCUGGGGUUCGAGUGCACCAUGGGAGGGCUACUGUCUGUCUAUGCUUCAAUUUCCCCACCGGUAACAUGGGAGGGCAAAGUGGGGUGAGGCUUUUCCAGGAAUCCAUGGGCCACUCAUUGGGGGUGGGGUAGAACAGGGAGGCCAUCCUUCUCCUGCAGGCUCCUCAGAGAAGGGGCAAAGUUCUGGCCCCAGGGUGUGUAUGUGGGUGGGGGGAACAGCUCCCCAGGCUCAGGAACACCAUGGACAAAGACCUGGAGGACAUGGGGGGCUAGCAAAAGACACAGCAGGGUGUGAGCUCAGAGAAGGUGAGGUUUGAGGGUGUGAGCUCUGUGUGGGGGCAGUGGCAGUCUUGCCAGGAUGUUGAGGGAGUCAGGGAUGCAUCUUGCUUGGCCUCACCCCUCUCCUCCUCCUGUCCUUGGAACUCCUCUAGAACCAGCAGCCAUGUAGUUAGUGUGGCAUCUCUGCUGUGCUGGGCACAUCUCUGUUAGUCUUUACUACUGCCCCGGAGGUGGGUAUUCAUGGGCCCAGCUCCCAAGCUAGCACACUGGGCCCAGAGGGGGAAGCUUCUCGUCCAAGGUCUGAUCUGACCCCCACCUGCCUAUGCUCCUACCACUACUUCUCGUUGAAGGGGUCUGCGCUGUGUGACUUCUCCUGUCCUGUCUAUAUCAACGUCCCAAGGUAUUCCCAAGAGCCAUGGCAGGAAGACACCCAGAAGCCUCUAGUUAGACUGUGGGCUUGGCAGCCAUCCUUAGAGACCAGCCUAGUAGAGGUGGCUCCUUCCCUGCUUCACGAGUGAGUACCCUGAGGCUUGGAUCCAAGGUUAGAUGCAGGGAGGGACAGCCCGUGCUGAGAUCCUGUCUCUUUAGUGGCAGCUGAGGCUUUGGAGAUGCUGACGCUGCCCCACUUCUGACUGUGGAGGAGCUGCUCCCAAACAGCCUCAUCAGGGAGGGAGAAGGACUCAGACCUCGGAUCUGGGUUCAAGUCCUGGUGUUGCCUGGCAUGACUGUGUGAUGGUAGGAGACCAUUAGCCACUCUGAGCCUCGGUUUCUUUGUUUCGGGGAGGGCUGGCUUUCCUAUCCACUUAGCAGUGGGAGAUAUUUAUUGAGCAUCUACUGAGGCCUGGUGUUGGCUGGGUUGGUGGGGAGGCUCAGACUUGGGCCUUCCUUGGAGAACUGAGUCUAAGGGGAAAAGCCAGUGGCGGUUAGGAUCCUAGUAGAACUGGAGAAGGACAAAGCCCAGGGGCUAUAGGGACCUACAAGGGGCACCCCAACCAGGUGAGGAAAGCAGUUUCCGGGCUCCCAAGGAACCACGGGGGCUGGGCUGUAGGUGUGCUGGAAUUUCCCCAGAUCAUCCAGGAGCUUGGGAAGCCUUUCUGUUAGGGGAAGCCAUGCUCAGAUUUAUGUUCUAGCAAGUUCUUCCUCUGCCAGAUGGAGGAUAGCUGUAAUAGGUUGCUAAUCCUGAAGACAGAUCAGAGAGGAUGCUGAAGGAGCAGAACUCAGCAGGCCCAGUGGAGCUGGUGGGCACACAUUUCCCUAGGGUGGGAAGCUGGAGAGAAGCCAGACAGGGUGUGAGGGGGGAAGAGGGUCCUUCUAGGUGGCAGGGAGGAGACAGGCAGCUGGGACAGGGCUGGGGGGGGGGGUUAGGUGAUGGUGGGCAGCACAAAGCCAUCUAUAGGAACCACGGAGAGGACCAAGAUGUGCUCUGGGACUGCAAGUAGGCUUGAGAGCACCCAAGAGCUGGCAUGGGACCCCAGGAAGGGUUCUGAGGAAUAGGGGCACAGGGAAAGGCAGCCAUGCGGGUCCUCAGGCUGGGAUGGCUGUGUUUCCCCAGAGGGAGGCAUAAUGGAUGCCAAGUCAUGGGUGGCAGGAGAGCCGGGAGGUGCAGGGAAGGCAGAACCCUUGCUCACAGCCCUAGGAAGGGGAAGCUGCGGUGAAGGGAAGGUGUUUGGGAGUGGAGUAAAAUAUUUGCAUGCGUAACAGGGCUGGGCGAGGAGAGGAAAUUACCAUACAUCAGGAUCUUGUUAUUCAACCUAAUUUUCAAAGGGGCACAGCUGUCGCGCUGAGAUAAUCCGUUAAUUAUAACAGCCAUUGUGCUCUGGCAAUGGGAGAGAAACCGAGGCUGGGUACAGGCUGAGGCUGGGGUGGGAAAUGGCCUUUGAGGGUCCAGGGAGAGAGGCAGAGAGGGGUACUGGGCUCUCAGCACCAGAGGAAAGAGCAGGGCAGGGACCAGGCCGCAGCCUCUGCACAGCCACUGCCAGCAUGGAGGUGAUAAGGUCAACUUGCCAGCUGGCACUGUGCUCCUGGAGCCAGUUGCUGGAACCUUCCAGAGCAGUUAACUUUAUUGAGCAGUUACUAUGUGCCAGACCCUGCUCCCCCUAGCUGUUACCUAUAGCCAGAGCCCUUCUGGUCUCUCUCUCUCUCUUUUUUCCAGCAGAGGAAACACACAGGAAGGUAGUUUGCCAGGACCAGUGGGUGAGAUAGAUGUCAGGGCCCCAUGUGAUCUGAGUACAACCCUCAACUUCCAGGACAGCCAGGAAGACAGGACCCACUGAGUGGGGUAGACACAGGAGCCUCCAUGGUUUUAGGCAUCACCGCGGUCACGGGUGGCCCUCCCCCAGUGGUGUUUCCGGGGGCCCUGGGUGCGGACAGAGCCUCCUUGUUCUCUGGGCUGCAGCUGCAGGCCCCCUGCGGCCUCCAAGGCAGCCUUCAGUCUGGCCCCCAGCCCCCAGAACAACUGCCCUCAGGGCCAGGAGAGGGCGUUUCACGUGAUCUUGGGUGGCCCCCAUGCUGUUGUUUGCGACCACCUGCUUGGAGGUAGGAAGGAUCCAGACAGCUGGCUCAGCCCUGGGAGGAAUCCUCAGCCCAGCCUUGGUGGGGAGGUGUGUAUCAGGGACCUUGGGUGCUGGGGCCUGGGAGAGGCAGGUGAGAGGCAGUGAGUCAUGGCAUAGUAUCCUGAAGUCUGGCUGCUCAGGACCCCGCAUACAUUUGGUUCAAACUUGGUUCAGGAGUCAGCCUUGGGCUUGAUGUCCAUGCAACCUUGACUAGGAACUCAGCAGAGGCCAGGGGGCAGGAAAGAGGGCUUAUUCCGGAAAGUCAGCUGGAACUCCCAGUGUGACCCAAAGAUCUAGGUAGCAUUGUUGGAGGGCAGGAAAGAAGUUGGGGGUGUACGGAGGGGCAGCAGGUAUGGGAAACUCUGAGGAUUCCCCAGCUGAAAGCCAAGGGGAGGCCCAGGGAGGCUGGGGCAGUUGAAAGUCCUGGAGAAUGGACGACUCAUAGCCCAGACCUAAAAGCUGCAGACUGGUGGGACCAAAGAGCCACAACCCUAGACUCAUCAUUGGAGACUCCCAACCUGACAGACCCAUGCUGCUAACGUCCUAGAGUUCUGAGACCCAGAAUCACUGGGGGUAGGGACGGAGGCAAGGGUUGAGUAUGUGGGCCAGGAGCAGUCUGCCUGUGGGUCCCCAUGCAAGCUGGCGUGACUGCCCCCACUUUUGAGAGUCCCUGACUUGCUUGCCUUGUAAAUUUCAGUGCCCAGGUAGGGGUCAGGGUGAUAGUCAGGGAGGAUAGUACCACUGCUACCCCAUCUGUCUGUGGGUGCUCCUGGGUUCCAGAAACAGGAAUGCUUUAAAGAUAAAAGCCUCCCAAGCUUUCCACAUUGCCAGCCAGCUAAAAACAAAAUUUAAUUACUGUCCAGAUGAAGCAGGGCCCCUUGGCAUUGCAUGAGUCAGAGCCUGGGGCCGAGGAGGAGAAAGCCACCGCAUAGCAGCUGGAGGCCUAGUCUCUGCCUCUGUAUAGUGGUGGUUGGAACAGCGCAGGCCCAGAGGCUGCUUCCCAGGAAGCUCCCAGGCCCAACCGAUGCCUUUUCUGCCCCUGUAUUCCCCUGACAGGCCAGGCUGCUCCAGUGGGCUGUAUGCUCCGACCUGGAGCCUCCGCCUCUCCCCAGAGGUCCCCUGCUACAGUGCCCUACCUUGGGACAAGCCUAAGGAUACUGGAAGGCAGGAAAAUGCCCACCCUUGGGACCCUGGAGGAGGAGCAGGCUGUGCAGGCAGAACCGAGAGGGUGGGCCUAGCCGGUGCCUGGUACAUAGUAGGUGUUCCAUAAAUGUUUAUUGAAUGAAUGAAUGGAGGCCAUGCAGGCAGAGGCAGCGUGCGCGCGCAGGCACUGUGCAAGAGCGGGUCCAGUGGAGACCGGAAUUAGGUGACAGAUGGGCUUCUUCCUCCCUGUCUCCACCUCGCUCACCGUCCCCCAGUGUUGCACUUCUGGCUCCUAUGGGAACUGCCUGAAGUUCUGACCCCUGAACCCAAAGAGAAGGAGGAGGAAGAGCAAGAAGAAGUCAAAGCCUGGGAACCUGCACUUCUGACAGUGACCUAGAGCCACAAAGCAACGCCUAGUGCCUGCUUGUAGCCCUUCACAACAGCAGGAGCCAGCUGUGUCCACCCUGCCCAGGGCUCCUGUGCUGGAGGUCACCCCCAAGAUGGUGGCGGCUCCAGGGAGGACUGUGCUACCGGUCCCGUCCUCUAGCCGCUAGGUCCUUCUGUUCUCUGGCCCUUCACCCCAGCUGGGUCUAUAAGGGGCUGAAGCGUGGGCCAUGCUGCGCCUGGGGCUGUGUGCAGCGGCGCUGCUGUGCGUGUGCCAGCCGGGUGCUGUGCAUGCUGACUGCUGGCUCAUCGAGGGGGACAAGGGCUACGUGUGGCUGGCCAUCUGCAGCCAGAACCAGCCGCCAUAUGAGACCAUCCCCCAGCACAUCAACAGCACUGUGCACGACCUGCGGCUCAACGAGAACAAGCUCAAGGCUGUGCUCUACUCCUCACUCAAUCGCUUUGGGAACCUCACGGACCUCAACCUCACCAAGAAUGAGAUCUCCUACAUUGAGGACGGUGCCUUCUUGGGCCAGACGAGCCUGCAGGUCCUUCAGCUGGGCUACAACCGGCUCAGCAACCUGACUGAGGGCAUGCUGCGUGGCAUGAGCCGCCUGCAGUUCCUCUUUGUCCAGCACAACCUCAUCGAGGUGGUGACGCCCACCGCCUUCUCCGAGUGCCCCAGCCUCAUUAGCAUCGAUCUGUCCUCCAACCGCCUCAGCCGUCUUGAUGGCGCCACCUUUGCCAGCCUUGCCAGCCUGAUGGUGUGUGAGCUGGCCGGCAACCCCUUCAACUGUGAGUGUGACCUCUUCGGCUUCCUCGCCUGGCUUGUGGUCUUCAACAAUGUCACCAAGAACUAUGACCGCCUGCAGUGUGAGUCACCGAGGGAGUUUGCUGGUUACCCAUUGCUUGUGCCCCGACCUUACCAUAGCCUCAAUGCCAUAACUGUCCUGCAGGCCAAGUGCCGCAAUGGCUCCCUGUUUGCCCGGCCUGUGAGUCACCCCACGCCCUACUCUACGGAUGCCCAGAGGGAGCCCGAUGAGAAUUCAGGCUUCAAUCCUGAUGAGAUUCUCUCAGUGGAGCCGCCGGCCUCGUCUACCACAGAUGCAUCUGCUGGACCUGCCAUCAAACUGCACCAAGUCACCUUCACCUCAGCCACCCUGGUUGUCAUCAUCCCGCAUCCUUACAGCAAGAUGUACGUGCUGGUCCAGUACAACAACAGCUACUUCUCUGAUGUCAUGACGCUCAAGAACAAGAAAGAGAUUGUGACGCUGGACAAGCUGCGGGCGCACACUGAGUACACCUUCUGCGUCACCUCGCUGCGUAACAGCCGCCGCUUCAACCACACCUGUCUGACCUUCACCACGCGGGACCCCGUGCCUGGGGACCUGGCCCCCAGCACCUCUACCACCACGCAUUACAUCAUGACGAUCCUGGGCUGCCUCUUCGGCAUGGUCAUCGUGCUGGGGGCAGUCUACUACUGCCUGCGCAAGCGACGCAUGCAGGAGGAGAAGCAGAAGUCUGUCAAUGUCAAGAAGACUAUCUUGGAGAUGCGCUAUGGUGCCGAUGUGGAUGCCGGCUCCAUUGUGCAUGCGGCCCAGAAGCUGGGUGAGCCGCCCGUGCUGCCUGUGGCCCGCAUGUCCUCUAUUCCCUCCAUAAUCGGGGAGAAGCUGCCCACUUCCAAAGGGCUGGAGGCCGGGCUAGAAACGCCCAAGGUAGCUACCAAAGGCAACUAUAUUGAGGUGCGCACGGGUACUGCAGGGGACAGCCUGGCCCGGCCUGAGGAAGAUCUCCCAGACAUUGAAAAUGGCCAGGGCUCAGCGGCUGAGAUCUCCACCAUUGCCAAGGAAGUGGACAAGGUCAACCAGAUCAUUAACAAUUGUAUCGAUGCCCUCAAGCUUGACUCAGCCUCUUUCCUAGGGGGUGGCAGUGGUGGUGGGGACUCUGAUCUGGCUUUCGAGUGCCAGUCCCUCCCUGCAGCUACUGCUGCCCCCUCAGCUGCCACCCCUGGGGCUCUAGAGCGGCCCAGCUUCCUGUCACCCCCUUACAAGGAGAGUUCCCACCACCCGCUGCAGCGCCAGCUGAGCGCUGAUGCCGCCGUGUCCCGCAAGACCUGCAGCGUGUCAUCCAGUGGCUCCAUCAAGAGUGCCAAGGUCUUUAGCCUGGACGUGCCGGACCAUCCAAGUACCCCUGGGCUGACUAAGGCCGACUCCAAGUACAUAGAAAAAGGCAGCCCACUCAACAGCCCGCUGGACCGGCUUCCACUGGUGCCCACGAGCAGCAGUGGUAGCAGUGGUGGGGGUGGUGGCAUUCACCACCUGGAGGUAAAGCCGGCCUACCACUGCAGCGAGCACCGGCACAGCUUUCCUGCUCUCUACUACGAGGAGGGCAAUGACAGCCUGAGCCAGCGCGUAUCCUUCCUCAAGCCACUGACCCGUUCCAAGCGUGACUCCACCUAUUCUCAGCUCUCCCCCAGACAUUACUACUCAGGGUAUUCCUCCAGCCCUGAGUAUUCGUCUGAGAGCACACAUAAGAUCUGGGAGCGCUUCCGGCCCUACAAGAAGCACCACCGUGAGGAGGUGUACAUGGCUGCUGGCCAUGCCCUGCGCAAGAAGGUCCAGUUCGCCAAGGAUGAGGACCUGCAUGACAUCCUUGAUUACUGGAAGGGGGUCUCAGCCCAGCAGAAGCUGUGACCCUCUCCUCCCCCACCGGUGAGGUGAGGGGGAGGGCAGGGGCACUCGGGGGAUGGGCCCCGCCAGGGUGGCCGGGAGGCGGGGGACAGGCCAAAGGGUCCGGACCAAGGGGCCCGGGCCUAGGAGUGGACGAACACGCACACCCGCACGCACGCACACACAUACAUACACUUGACCACCACCUGACUGUGAAGCAACACCCAACAAUAACGGGCAGGAAAACAAAUAUUUUCCUUAAAGUUUACAACCUGCUACCGAAACCAGUUGUCUCUACUGUGCUGCCCAAGGGACUCAUGGGGCUGGGGAAAGAGACCAGAGAAGGUGUGGGGUCUGGGACUCAGGCGGGUUUGAUGGAAAAAGAGAUUGGGGUAGAAGCAAACCAUAGCUAGCCCUCUUGUUCAGGGAGGGUAUCCUCCAAGCUGGGGAACAUUUCCCUUGAAGAUCUGGCAGCAUGUGGAUUUUGGGCAUCCUCUCCUCCCACUUUAUGGAUGGCCCAGAGAGGAAAAGCCCCAGGGGUCUCACCCACCAGGUUACAGCUUUGUCUCACAGCUUCCUGGCCCAGUGCUGGCCCCUCCUCCAGCUGCUCCUCUGGGCCCUGCCCCCUCCACCAACUACUCCUUCCAAAGCUGUGGUCUCAGGGGGUCUAGGGACUGAGGUAGGCAGGUGCUUUUCUUCUCUAUAAAGUUCAUGGGCACCCACAAAGUGAAAGACUGUGGUCCCUAGCCCUAGAUGGUCAGGGGAGAGGAAUGUCCUGCUGACCAGAGAGAAGCCGAGGCAAAGGGUGCCACCAAACCCCUUCACGUGUCUUCCAAGUAGCCCCAGGGAGCUGCCUGGGGUUGGGGUGGUGGGCCGACCUGCUCCCCACUGGUAUCUCAGGUGCAGGCCCCCAUGCCACAGCCCCUUAGUUUUUCUGGGUCUCCCAGACCCCUACCCACUACAGAGAGGCAACAGUGAAUGGCAAGGCCUGGGGCCAGUGUGGAGGUGAUCUGGAAUGUGGGGAUUCCUCCCUGCACCCUGUACCUUCACUUGCUUGGCCCCUGCUGUGUGCAGCAUCUUGGCCUGCCUAGGAAGGCAUCUGCCUCCACCCCACCCUGUCUCACCCCCUGGCUAGAGGGGCUCCCAUGUUUCCAUGGCAAUGACCACAGUCCUUCUUCUGACCCACUCCCAACACCAAUCAAAGCACAAACAGUGAGGUGCCCCCUACGGCCCUGGUCAGGGAGCAGGCCAGGUUCCUGGCCCCUCCCCUUUCCUAGCUAGUCUGUUGCCACGGCAACCCAGUGCCUGGCAGUUGGUGCCCAGAGGGACUAACUGACCAACCGUUGGGCUCUGAAGUUCUCUCAGUGUGGAUGGUAGCAGAGGGUGGUUAAGGAGGCCUGGCCAGGUGGCAGCUCGCUCAAGAGCCAGCAGCUUCUAGAGAUAAACUCUGGAGUUUCUUCUGGAGACCUGAGGCUAGCCUAUGGCACCGCCUUUGCCUUUGAAUAGGCAGUGGGCCUAUGGAGGAUGGGGAUAGUCGCACUAGGCAGUUCUACCCCCUGCCCGUGUGCCUUUUGGCUUGCCAUUGAGAUAGGGAGGAACCUCCUUGGCUCUACCCGAACCCUUCCAAAGACCCUCACUCCUGUCACUCUUUUGGGUUUCUUGAGAUGGAGAGUGUGACUGUGGAGUGGGGGGGGGGGGGGAAUGGGGGUGGCAUCUCAUUUGACCAGUGAGGACUCUGACCAGGAAAGCUAGGGCUAUCCUUGGGGGUGGGGUACAGGGAAGGACUGGGGUGGGAGACUUGACUGAACGCCUCUAUUACAUCGACUUUGGGGUGGGCCGAGCCCAGGGCUCACUCAGGGGUGACAUUUGCAAAAAAGAAAGAAAAAAAAAAGAAAAAAAAACUGUUCUCCUGGGGAGAGGAGGAGAUUGGCCAGCCUGGGUGUGAAGAGCAGCGCUCCCCCAGCCACAAACCUGUCCUCACCCCACCCUACACCCACCACCCCAAGAAGAGCAGGCAGGCCGAGAGGCCAGGGGUAUGAGCGAGCAGACCCCUGUUAUCUUUGCAUGACGAUUUUACUGUAUUUUUCUGAGCAAACAUCUGUCGUGUGUGCCAGUUUGUCCAGACUCCCCUCCCCACCCUUACUGCCCUCCAUGUGAUCCGAGCAGCUCUUGAAAUCCAGGGAGGGCCAGCUCUGCAGAAGACCCAAAACAGGUGCCACCAACUUAGCCCUGCCUUCCCACCCCCCCUCCCCACCCCGUCCCGUAUCCUUCUCCCAUCUUUCUGGGCGUUGGGCCCACAAGUGCUGCCUGCCUUCCUCCAUCACCACCCCUUCCCUUCUCUGUCCCACUCCGUCUCUGUUGGUCCUUUUCCUCCCUCUCCACCAGGGAAGGCAGUCUUGGAAGAGUGUCCCCAAGGCCACGUUCUUGCGGAAGGGGCUACAGGAUUCUUGUCCACCUGUUCCCAUUUGGAGAUGAAGCUGGGGCCCUCUAUAAAAAGGCACCUUAUCCGGCAGCUCAGCCAGCCACACAGGAUGGGGAACUAUCAGCCAUACUGAAUAUAGGAGGUCAAGAGCUUGGGGCUUCCUGGAGGGGCCCUGCAAGAGGGGAAUGGGCCUUGUCAUGCCCAGGGAGGGUCCCCACCGAGGAUUGGGCUCUGUUCCCACUAUUCAACCAUCAUUCCUGGUUGAAGACAACUUAUAAAACCUCAGAUGCCACUCAGGAGGACCUUAAAGAGAGGGUCUAUUCCAACAGUGGGGCCCAGGUCACAGGGAUCUUUGAGACAGAGCAAGGGUCCAAGGCAUAGGCACUUCCACCGGUCUGGCCCUCCAGCGGCCCUGGCCAGUCCUCCAGGGUAAGGCCCUUGGAGUUUCCCUCUGGAACAAAAGACAAAUACAUACUUUCUCCCUGGGUCCAAGUGAAGCCCCUGGCUUUGUAGUUCUAGGGGCACAGGGAGGGGAAACACAGGGGGUUCACGGAGUCAUCUGGAGACAGUCCUGGCAGAGAAGAACCUGUGAAGCCGCCUUUGUUAGAACAUGUGGCUUCCAGAAAUAAAAAGCUUAGUCUUCGCCGGAUACAGGGGAGCCUGUAUCAGCUUGCCACUUCCUCGGCCCUCUGACUCUCUUCCCUCUUGAGCACAGAGCAGGAAGCUUUGGGGCAGCCUAUGCAGAGCGGGAGGAAAACCCUGACCACCUUAGGAGGACUUGGGCUGCGCAGAGGAGGCAGCUAGUGAUGGUGGUGGUCUGGGCUGGCCCUUGGGCCUCCAUGUUCAUGAUGAGAAGUCACCUGUGCUGACAAUCCAGGAAUUUUAAGGAGUUAAAGUGGGCAAAGGGAACUCCCUAGACAGGCCCAGA